AUGAUCGCUGUGGUGCGAGGUUUGAGGGACUCUGGUCUUACAGUUACUCUUCUUGAUGGCGCCAAACAGUACACUUUAAUGCCGAAUGACGGACUACCUCAAUCCCUGAACGCCAGUUUGAAGCAUGACGUGACGUCACAGCAGACGUAUGUCCAAGAUAGUGAGCAGCCAGCGAGGAGUGACUCAGCUGCUCAAGCCACAGAUGGUAGAUACGCGAGCACGUACAAGAUGGCUCACUGCAGAAUAAGCCCGACAUCACCUCCGGUACAACUCACAGAGUUUCCUCCACAACGAGCCGAAAUCAGAAGAGGUCAGACUAAUUUCGAAGUUGGUGGUAACGGCAGCGGUGAAAGUUAUAUACCCUGUAAAUCAAACGGGACUUUCCGAGGUGGCAUGUGCUGGCCGGAUAGAGGCUCGGUAUUUUCUCCGAGGCCGUCCCGGGAGCCAGUAGACGCCUUUGCAAACUCUCUGAGGAAAUAUCCCAGCAUCUCGGCGGAGAGGUCUACGGAGAUUGUGGAGAGACUGAUCAAUUAUACGCAAGCUAAGCAUUCGGCUAGAAGCUAUCACAGCCGGAACUCAUCACCAUCACGUGAAGUAGAACACAACGCAUCAAGCCAAUACGCAUCUGGUUUCAGCAUAAAUCAAGGUAGCAACUUAGAAGAAUCACCGACAAGAGACGUAAGGCUUCAAAAUCGCUAUAAAGAAUCAGAUUAUGCUGAUAAAAGAGCAAUGAAUCCUAAUGCUAAAUAUGCUAUGGAUGACACUAAAGGAAUUACGAAUAAUGCACAAACUACGACUUCUCGUGUCCAUAAACAACCUGUUUACUACCAAGCAGGAGAAGGAUAUGAUCCGACAUUUUAUCCACAAAAGCCUUCUUCUAUUUUAACAGCUGCAAAUUCGGUAAAUAUGGAAGUACAAGCUGCCGUUGAAAUGGUUUCUCGUGAAGUAGCUGUUGUACCGAAGACUCAAACAACAAAACGAACUGUAGCUGUUCCCCUUUCCCCGGCAACAUCAAAUAUCGACCACAAACAGAAAGCCACAACGUUUAUAACUAAUUAUGUUACCACAAAUCUAUAUAGAGAUGAAAAAGAAAACAACCGUCUUUGUUUUGAAAAUGAAGAAAUAGAAUCAGAGCGUUGUUCGAGAUCUUUUAAAGCUAUACAGACGUCAUUUAGUUCAUUAGAUUUGGUAUCAAAAAAGAAGUGUAGUGCUUGCUACAGAAAAAUAAAAUCUCAGGAGAAUAUUCGAGCAAAAAGAGACAUUUCCAAUGACCUGAUAGAAUGGUUAAUGGACGUCUACAGCUAUGAAGUUUCGUCCAAAUUUUGGAACGAAAGAAUGAAAAAAUUAGCUCGAAAAUUAGCUAAGCCUGAAGGAGAGGCUAAAAUAAGAGACAAAAUUCAAAGAUACUUGGAUCAAGAAUCAAGAGCCGACUAUGACGAUGAGCGGAGAAAGUUCAGAGAACAAUUACCCGAUAAUAUCAUCAACCAAUUGAAAAAAUGUCUGAGAGGUGGAAAAAAAAAUAACAGCUCUCCUAUACGGAUUUAUAGAAUUGAAAUCCCAACUUCAGAUGAAAGUAACGGUAAUAGAAACAACUUAAAACCCGUCAUAGACAACUGGUUAAAUCGUGUACCAAUUAGAAGUCGAGACUUUUUGAAUAGAUCGAUUAAGCGAGAAGACAUUGUAAAUUACUUGAUAGAAAAAUUAGAACCAUAUUUAUCCAAUUUUCAAGACUUAGAGAAAGAUGAUAAUAAAGCAAAUUUGGUGAAUAUUGCUAAGAACUUGUUAAUGGAAAUUCCAAUACGAGGAAAUGAUAAAUAUUUGGAUAAAUUAGCUUAUUCUCUGGUAGAUAGCCUCUUUGCAACUGAUAAUUUGACCUGCAACCACACCAAAUUUAAGGUUAGCAAAUCUAAUGUGGAAGUUAAACCGAUAACAUUACAAAGUUUAAUGUUAAAACAAUUAACUUAUAUUUUAGAAAAGAUAAGUGUAUAUGUAGAUUCAAAACGUUUAAAUUUAUUAGAAGAAGAACUUGUCGAUAUUUUAAUGGAUAUCACGGAAUUUAAAUCUGAUACCAUUGCUUACAUUCAGAAAAAUAUACAUUACAUUUUAUUUCAUCUUGGUGGGUUAAAUGAAUACCAAGCCAAGUACUUCAGUAAUAAAUAUAUUAUUCAGCUAGAAAAUGACAUUCACAGCAACAAGUAUAAAAAUGGCACUGAAAAAGACAACAAAAGAUCACAAUCAUCAUAUUCGGAAACCUACUCUGUAUUUCAUAAUCAAUACACGCCCGUGGCAAACGUAGAAAAACAAACUUCUAUUGUGGGACAAAUUAAUGAGGACAUAUAUAAUGAUGAUUGUGAUCGUAAGAGUAUAAUAAUGGAGCAAGUUGGAGCAUGGUUAGAAGAAACUUCUUCAGGAGCACUAUUAUUUCCUAAUAAGGAUUUGCAAUAUCAAGUUGUAAAAAAUUUGACGGAAGACAUUAUUGACAGAUUCAAAUAUUUGGAAAUAAAUCCAGUUAGUUCUUAUGAUAAUGAAGUGCAAUACCUUAAAUAUCAAAUAUUUAAAUGGAUCAGUAAAGUAGCCAUGGAAGAUAAUUUAGAGAUCAUAGACCGUGCACCCGACCUUAUGAAGAGAUUAGAGGCUAUUAAUGUUCUAAGACUAGGAAAUUCAGAUGAAAUUAAUAUUGAUUUGAUAUUAUCACUACACAAAAAUGAUUUUUCAAGAUCGCCUGUUGUAUGUAAAAUUGAUUGCUUGCUUAGAGCAACUGUAAACUGGCUUGACGAAGUGCUAAAAAUACCGAAAGAUGUUAGAAUUAAAUUGGCUGAAAAACUCAUAUAUACGAUACAAAUAGGUAUUUUACAAAAUGACUUGGAUUGUAUACUAAAUGAUGAAAUACCUAAAUGGCUAAAAACUAUUUGUAAAGAAGGACAAGAAGAUCAUAAUGUUGAAAAAUUAAAAGAAACUCUUAGAAGUAUUAUAAUACAUCAAAAUAAAGAAUUUAGAGAUUUCAAACGAGAACGAAGAAAACUACUUAUUUAUGAGGACGUGAUUGAAGAUUGGUUGGAUAACUGCCUAUUAGAUAUUAAUUUAUUAAGUGCUCGAGAACGGAAAGAAUUAACUUAUAAAUUGGCAGUGAAAUUGUCAAACGCACAAUAUUUAACUAAAGGAAAAUCGGAACAAGAUUUGAUAAAUUACAUGAAACAAUUCGUAUCAGAAUGGACAACUAAAGUUCUAAGUCAGAUUAACCAAGAAGCAAAUAUAAGCGAUCAGAGCAUAGUAGAGUUAGUGCAUUCUAUUCUAGACUGCAAUUUAAUCGAUGAAAACGGGCUAGGCCAUACUAUAGAUAGUAAUUUAGCUAGCCACUUAAGCAGAAUUAAGACCGAUGAUGAAACAUUUCAAAUAACAGGAAAUAUUUUAGAUACUACUGAAAAAUAUACUGGCGAAAAAAAACCCGAUGAUUUCCAAAUAUACUUACAGGAACUCAAUUUAUACAAAUGUAACUCUUCGGAUCCACAAAACAUAAUUGAUAAAAAUUAUAAAAAUACAUCAAAUGUUACUGUUUAUGGCUUCACUUUACCUAGUAACUCAAAGGAAAAAGUUGAUCAUUUGCAAGAUGAUAGCAUAGAACCAAUAACGGAGGCGGAUGUUGCGAACAAUCACGAGUUAUAUUUUAAACACAUAGUAAAAGAAAUAGAUGAAUGGCUGAAUGAUUUACAAAUUCUUCAGGUUCAUGAUAAGGGAUUUCGUGAAAUUGUUGUGAAUGAUCUAGCGGGAGAUAUAAUUGAUAGACAUAAAUAUCUCGAAUUAAAUCCUUCAUGCAAAGGGACAGAAAAUAAUGAAAUAGACCAAUUGCGGUAUCAAAUAUUUAAGUGGAUAAAUAAACUUGUAGGUGAGGACCAUCAAGAAACUUUGGACCAUGCACCCGACCUAAUGGAUAGAAUUCGUAGUGUACCAGUACCUUUGUUCACAAGACCUGACUAUAAAAAUAAAUUACAUGCCAAAGAAUUUAUAAAUUCAAAUGGUCAGCUUAGCGAUGAAUAUAAAGGAAAGUCGAGUUCAAGCAAUGUAAGACUAAGCAAUCCCUUGGAAAUCACAACUGAACCAACUGUUAGUGGGAACAAACAAAAUAUUAAUUCAAUUAGUAGUUAUGGUCUGGAAAGAUCAUGUAGUGUUUCGAAAAAAUCACAUAAAUUGGCACCAGACAAAAGUUGUAAUGAAACACAUGGUUUAAAAAUAUCGGACACAUCCGUCAAAUUUACUCAAUGUAAUACUUUAAUCGAAGAACUCGGAAGUCUUCCAGAAGGUAUGUCUUUACCAGAAUUAUACAAAUAUUACGAUAAAAUAUUCAAAGACAGAAUUGACGAUCUUCCAUUUGAAACUCAUACUAAAGAUCAAGAAAAUUUGGCUCAUUUAGCUAGGGUAGGAAUAUACAAUGGCAUAUGGAAGACGUUCUAUACUUUAUCGGAAGAGCCUGAGAUAGCCAAUGACUACUGUCUUUUUGAACUACUAUUUGAAGAAAGAAUAGAUAAAAUGUUAGAUUGUUUGCCACAAACAGUUGAAAUGCAGCGUGUCAGAACAGGGUGGAAGAGUAGGCUAUUAAAUGACUUGUUACUUUUGUUGAAGUAUAUACAUUCAAUCACUGAUAAACCAAAUAUUCGGGACAUUAUUUUGAAUAAAGUCGAUCGGAAAAUGAUGAGAAGCAUGCUAGUUUCAAAUUCUGACAAAGCACAACAUUGUUUUGUUGCGAAAACUGUAGAUGAUUAUAUUAUUUCUACACGAUAUAAAGAUGAUGAUCCUAUACGAGCAAAUGUGUAUAGGCAGCAGUUAAUGAAACGACUUGAAGAGUUAGCUGAAAAUGUGAAAUUACAGAACAAAGUUGAAUUUUAUGAGAUUAAUCCGGCCCAAUUGUGUCAGAUAGCUUUUAAAAUAUUGGGUGAUGUACCGAUACCUAAUAAAGAUGAAUUAAAAGAAAAAGCAGAAGAAAUAUUACUGGGAGAGGAAAUAGAACAAUGGUAUAAAGAGUUGCCAGUAAAACCAGUUGUCAAUGAAUAUAAUGAAUAUUUACGGAAAAGACUACGGGAAAUACUUGCAAAGCGACUUCAUCACAUAGAGAAAAAAAUUGACGCAUUGGGAGACCCAUCAUUAGAAUUAGAAAGAGAUCUGAAACACGAAAUAUCAAAAUAUUUAGAAAAGGAUGCCGACUUAAAAGAAGUUAAUGAUUUGAAAGUAAAUUUCAUGGUCGAGGAACUCUCAAAAAGAAUUAAGAAUAGACGUGAACACAAUACACUGCGAUAUGAUGUAUUUGAGAAAGAAAACGUAGCUAGCUCAACCUUUGUACAAACAAAUCCAGGGGAGAUAAUGGCUCCUCUUGUUGACGUACAUCCAAAUUUUAAUCACAGGAGUGGCAAAAAUGAUUUCCUAGAUCCAAAUAAGAAUUUUACGGGACGGCCGCGAUCGUACAGUCUUCCUAGCAACGACAUCUCAGGAGCACGUCCCAAUAGUCAAAAUCUUAGUUAUCCAACCCCUUACUACCUUGAUAGGAGAACAGAACCUACUCUUUCUCCUGCUUUCCAACCCGAAAACACUGCUACAAGGGAAUAUUUUCCAAAGUACAAGUUUGGUUCUGCUUUAGAAUUUUCCAGAACCUUAGGAUCAAACGAACAAAGCAUUAUGCAGAAUAAUCCUCUUUCAAACGCUCCACAACAAAUAAAGAGAGAUCAAGCGAAUUUCUUAAGUCCUGGAUACUUCACUCAGGGGCCCAGCACAAGGUUUAUGACAAAUUCAUCCACGGGUGUUACACAACCAACAGAAAGGAUACGCGCAGGUGCAACUACUUCAUCAGAGCCGCAAGUUCAAGGGCAUGUGGACGGUAAUAUGCAAAAUGAAGAGGAAAAAGUGAAAUAUAAAUGUCAUUGCAUGAACCAAUUACCUAAAUGUAGCAGGGCGCACAAAUUAUGUGACGAUUCUAUGGACUACCUACCCUGCUACCCCCCAAUGCCAUUUCCUAGAUGUUUUUAUUGA